UUUUUUUGUAUACACACUUUUACACAUAUCUUUUUUCUCUCAUAAAAAAGUUGAGAUUUUUUUGUUUUACCAAAAUAGGUUUUAUCUGUUCACACAAAAAAAAUUACACCUACAUGCUUUUUUUUUUUUGUUUUUUUUUACAAAAGGUUUAGGAAUCAAGAAUGGCUCCGCUAAUAUCAAACCAAAAUAGAAUCCCAGAAUCGUAGAACUGCAGAAAUCUCCCAAUCGUCUAGCGCCUCCUGAUUGCAGCGUCGUCUCGCAGCUAAACUUGUGGGUGAAUUUCAAUUCCUUCAUUGUUGUAUCCUGAUAUUCAACGUCCGUCAAGAUGGUGUUGGCUCAGUUAGGGGGGAGCAUUUCUCGGGCCCUCCAGCAGAUGAGCAAUGCGACGAUCAUUGACGAGAAGGUUCUCAACGAGUGCCUCAAUGAGAUCACUCGUGCUCUUCUCCAAUCCGAUGUUCAAUUUAAGCUUGUCCGGGAUAUGCAAACUAACAUCAAGCGGAUCGUCAAUCUUGACGACCUCGCUGCUGGUCACAACAAACGUAAGAUAAUCCAACAGGCUGUUUUUAAUGAGCUUUGCAAGAUUUUGGAUCCUGGAAAACCCUCAUUCACGCCAAAGAAAGGAAAGACCAGUGUUGUAAUGUUUGUAGGUUUGCAAGGUUCUGGGAAAACAACAACUUGUACAAAAUAUGCCUACUACCACCAGAGGAAGGGCUGGAAACCGGCUCUAGUUUGUGCAGAUACAUUCAGAGCUGGUGCUUUUGAUCAACUAAAGCAAAAUGCAACCAAAGCUAAAAUACCUUUCUAUGGGAGCUACACAGAGUCUGACCCCGUAAAAAUAGCAGAGGAAGGUGUUGAAACAUUCAAGAAGGAAAAUUGUGAUCUCAUAAUUGUUGACACCAGUGGGCGCCACAAACAAGAAGCUGCUCUCUUUGAAGAGAUGCGUCAAGUCUCUGAAGCAACGAAACCAGAUCUUGUGAUAUUUGUUAUGGAUAGCAGUAUUGGUCAAGCCGCUUUUGAUCAAGCUCAAGCGUUCAAGCAAAGUGUUGCAGUUGGGGCUGUAAUAAUUACUAAAAUGGAUGGGCAUGCAAAGGGAGGUGGCGCCCUUAGCGCAGUUGCUGCAACAAAGAGCCCUGUAAUCUUUAUCGGUACUGGAGAGCACAUGGAUGAGUUUGAAGUUUUUGAUGUUAAGCCAUUUGUCAGCCGACUUCUGGGCAUGGGUGAUUGGUCUGGGUUCAUGGACAAGAUACAGGAGGUUGUUCCUAUGGAUCAACAACCUGAACUUCUUCAGAAACUCUCUGAGGGAAACUUUACCCUGAGGAUUAUGUAUGAACAAUUCCAAAAUAUACUUAAAAUGGGUCCUAUAGGCCAGGUGUUCUCUAUGCUGCCAGGAUUUACUCAAGAAUUAAUGCCAAAAGGGCGGGAAAAUGAAAGCCAGUCAAAAAUCAAACGUUAUAUGACAAUGAUGGAUUCAAUGACCAACGAAGAAUUGGACAGUAUGAACCCGAAGAUAAUGACAGAAUCACGCAUAAUGCGGAUAGCAAGGGGGUCGGGUCGUAUGGUGUACGAAGUGUUGGAAAUGAUGGAAGAGUACAAGAGACUGGCGAAGAUAUGGAGCAAGAUGAAGGGACUUAAAAUUCCAAAGAAGGGAGAUAUGAGUGCCCUUUCACGAAAUAUGAAUGCUCAGCACAUGAGCAAAGUUCUCCCCCCACAGAUGUUGAAACAGAUGGGUGGAAUGGGCGGCUUGCAGAAUUUGAUGAAACAAAUGGGUUCUGCCAAGGAUAUGAUGGGCAUGUUUGGCGGUGGCGGGGAUAAGUAAAAAAGCUAAGCUUAUGAUCGAUAAUGAUGAUAUAUAUACAUUUAGUUUAGUCUCUAGUCUCUACAUUUACUUAUUGACUCCUGAGCUUGGUGAACUAGAAGCCUGCUUGUCAAGUGUGAAAUUCGGCUUGAUUGUUCUUGAAUUUGGGUCAGAGGUUAAACUAAUACUACGUAUAUGCUUUGAGUACUAGAAUUAUUCUUAAAGAAGUAUUUUUAUGUUCUUUACUAAAUUAAAAGAAAGCUGCUUUUUUAGUUUGUUC